AUGGUGUCUAACUCUACCUACAGUGACGGCUGCCCCGCUGUAAUGGUAUCUAACUCUACCUACAGUGACGGCUACCCCGUUGUAAUGGUGUCUAACUCUACCUACAGUGACGGCUGCCCCGCUGUAAUGGUGUCUAACUCUACCUACAGUGACGGCUGCCCCGCUGUAAUGGUGUCUAACUCUACCUACAGUGACGGCUGCCCCGCUGUAAUGGUGUCUAACUCUACCUACAGUGACGGCUGCCCCGUUGUAAUGGUGUCUAACUCUACCUACAGUGACGGCUGCCCCGCUGUAAUGGUGUCUAACUCUACCUACAGUGACGGCUGCCCCGUUGUAAUGGUGUCUAACUCUACCUACAGUGACGGCUGCCCCGCUGUAAUGGUGUCUAACUCUACCUACAGUGAAGGCUGCCCCGUUGUAAUGGUGUCUAACUCUACCUACAGUGACGGCUGCCCCGUUGUAAUGGUGUCUAACUCUACCUACAGUGACGGCUGCCCCGUUGUAAUGGUGUCUAACUCUACCUACAGUGACGGCUGCCCCGCUGUAAUGGUGUCUAACUCUACCUACAGUGACGGCUGCCCCGCUGUAAUGGUGUCUAACUCUACCUACAGUGAAGGCUGCCCCGUUGUAAUGGUGUCUAACUCUACCUACAGUGACGGCUGCCCGUUGUAA